UUCACAAAAAGUCUUGUUGAUAUCUCCCCCUCUACUUUUCUGUUCUCUCUUUCUCUCUCUGUCUCACUCACUCUCUUGUUGUUACUCUUGUUCUUCUGCUUGUUUGCUGGUGGUUGUAGCGAAAGCUUUUUCGGUAGGUAGGCAAACAUCCCCUCCUCUCUCUCUCUCUCUCCCUCCCUCCCUCCCUUUCUCCCUCUCUCUCUCUUACUCUUCCUCUGCUUCUGUGGCGGAUAAACCGGCGGGCUUUUUUGGCAGAAAACCCAGAGAAAAAAAAGAACUCAGGCAAUUCGAAGGGAGAUCUCACUCCUUCUUGGGUACAACUUAUCUUUACUCAUGCUCGUGGUCCAGGAUAGAUGGAGGAGGCAAGUGAUUAUCGGCGAUGGGACGAAUUAAUACCCGACGCAUUGGGAUUAAUCUUUAAGAAUCUGUCUCUCUAUGAGAUACUGACCGUGAUUCCUAGAGUGUGCAAAUCUUGGGGAAAGGCGGUGGUUGGACCUUAUUGCUGGCAAGAGAUAGACAUUGACGAUUGGAGUAAGGAAUGUUGCUUUCCUCGCGACAUCGAUCGUAUGCUCCAGAUGCUAAUCACGAGAAGCGCGGGAUCGCUCAGAAAGCUCAGUGUGUCAGGCACCGGUCUCCAUGAUGAUGGAAUUUUCUCAUUUAUCGCUGAUCAUGCUGGUUCGGUCCACACGAUGCGAUUGCCUCGUAGCGAAAUAACAGAUCCAAUAGUAGAAAGCAUAGCAGGAAGGCUUUCCACGCUGAGUUUCUUGGACCUAAGCUACUGCAACAGGAUUGGUGCUCAUGCCCUCGAAGCCAUUGGGAAGAACUGCAAAAUGCUUCUUGGUUUGUGCCGGAACAUGCAUCCAGUAGAUACUGCUGGCAAGUCCUCAUUGGAUGACGAGGCUCAUGCCAUCGCCUUCACCAUGUCCAAGCUCAGACGCCUCGAGAUGUCUUACCACCUCGUGAGCACCCAGAGCGUUCUCGAGAUUAUAUAUAAUUGUCCGGAGCUAGAAUUUCUAGAUUUGCGGGGUUGCCACCAUGCAGAACUCGAUGAGAAGUUCCUCAAAGAAAGGUAUCCCAAAUUGAAGGUUCUGGGGCCUGAUGUUGUGGACGAGUACGAGAGGAAUGAGUGGGAGGAUUACUCCGAUUUUUCUGAUUUCUCCGAGUAUUUGGCAUGGGAAUUUGUGGCCGGAGAAGUUGGAGAUUACUAUGACAACGAGAGCUUGGAUGAGAUGUGGGACGAUGAAGGGAGGUUGGAAGACCUUGAGCUGAGGUUCUAUGAAGGAAUUGAAGAUGCAGGACUUUAUGGUUGGCCCCCAUCUCCUUGAUCUUAUGUUUAUAUGUAUGAACCCCUUUUCGUAUUUGUUGUUUACUGCAUUAUCGAUAUGCUCUUAGUACUGCUACAUGAUCCAUCUACGAUGUAUGUACAUGCUUCUGCAAACUGGUAUGUAUUUCCUUCUGGAAUGAAUAUGAAAUAGGAAUGAAUACCUAGCCUAUGUCC